AUGUUAGACGUCGACCGCAACACUUCGAGGCAGUAUGAACCGAUAUACUCACAAAAAGGACAAAUCCAAGGCUUACCCCGGAUUCGAGUUUUAUGUUAUGCGUUGACUGCAACAUUUCGAGGCAGUGUGAACGGUACAUACCCACACAAAGGACAAAUACAAGGGCUUGCUGACAAUACGUCGACCGCAACACUUCGAGACAGUAUGAACCGUUAUACUCACACAAAGGACAAAUCCAGGGCUUACACCGGAUUCGAGUUUAUGUUAGGCGUUGAUCGCAACAACACUUCGAGGCAGUAUGAACAGUACAUACCCACACAAAGGACAAAUACAGGGGCUCGCUAA